ACAAAUAAAUGGACUCUGCUGACAAUGGCUGUAGCUUGAAGACGAUUUGGCUAUGAUUGACCCUGCGACACUCCAACUUCUACGCUCGGACGUGAUCCCUCGACGACUUCUUUUAAUACUUGACAACUUGACUCUAUGUUUACGAUUCCAAUUUUUUGCUCUUUGUACGCCUGCACUCGCAAGAUUUUUCCCUCCACUUCACUUGUUCUGAUGAUGUUACUUCCUUAAUAUCGUUUUCUAUCGCUUCGCAGGCACGCUGAUGACUAUCGAUGCCUAACUCCAUAUCCCAGGAAAAUGAAGGUUCGAAGCAUUCGUCCAAGCUUCGCUGGGACCCAAUCAGCCGACUUGGCAUAUUGCAAGAGCCCAAAAGACAGGAAUGGUACGUGUGCUAUGUGCGGAGAGUCGGGACAUAAGGCUUUGUUUCCGGCAAGAAACAUCAAGCAGGUGGCAAAUAAUACCCAUCCAGAUGCAGAGGGUGGCGCAGGAGUUGCUUACUCAUACUGUACGCGAUCUAAAGAGGUUCGCUCUCCUCAGCGAACCGUUCAAGGUAGGCCCAUGUGACAAGUGGGUUACAACAACAUUAAACAGCGUCUUGGACUACCGCAGCUGCGAUAUACGAGCACACGGAUGGGACUUUAACGUGUGGGCCGCUCUAAUGGGCUCCCCACACGCAACACAGGGGCAAAUCAAUCCUCAAAACAUUCGCUACGCUGGACGUUCAACAGGGCUGGUGCAGGGUUAAUUAUCGACCUCGCGUUCGUAAGCAGUCUGGACGCAUGCCAUGCGAUUAGAGCCAGCAAUGGUUUAAGCUUUCUGAAACUCUGCGUCGCAGAAGAAAGCGGUGUGGCGGUGCCUACAGGAUGGUAAUUAAGCGCAUCCAUGGCAGCCCAAGCCACAUCAGCACCUAUCUGCGAUGGAAAGCAUCGUCAACUUUCACUUCCCCAGGCGUUGGUCUGCCAUUCCCAAUUCCCAGAUAUGGCCAAGCGGAGACAAAUUGCGGCCGUUCACGGAGCCCGAGAUCCUAGCAGCUGAGAGGAACCUUAAAGCCAAAACGACCCGAGCGCAUCCCAAAGAAAGAAGCCACGCUUCUGUUGUCAAUGCACCUAAAGGAGACCGCCAUUUUUUUAAAAAAUGUUUGAGCGAGGUAACGUGCGAGGAAGCGCACGACACUACUACUCCAUCUGUCAGGCUGUCCAUCUGCCUGCUGGACACGAUUGGCAAGGUCUUCGAUAAGGGGAUCGCGGCCAGGCUCGACGAAGCAAUAGCGACUGCGAAGAAAGUUCCCUCCAAACCAGUACGGAUUCCGGAAAGGAUUGUCACAAACACGUCUGAAAGAGCCAUUGCAGGCUCCCGGCGGAAGGGUCACACGAAGAAGUACUGCCUGGUGCUGACGCUUGACAUCCGUAACGCAUUCAAAACGACUGACUGGGCAGGGACGCUAGUCGUCCUCGAAUCGACAUUGGGCUCCAGAGAGAUCGAGGUCACGGCCGGAGUCCGACAAGGAGUUGGCCGCCGCGGAAGAAUCAUCAAACACAUCGGUCAAGGCUGUCGAAGCAUGGCUGGAGUUGGCCUCUCAAAAAACGGAUUCUCUCCUAAUAUCGAACAGGAAGCUCGUGGAAACAACACGCAUCCACGGUGGGGGCAUCAUAGAAGACCUCGGAGUCAUGAUCGACACGCGCCUUUCGUUCCGAGAGCACCUCGAGUACGCCCACAAAAAGGCCAGCGCGCUUCGGGAAGCCAAGGAGCAUUACCCACAAAGGAAAAAAAUAAAAAAUCUAUGAUCUCUACAACUUGUUACGGCCCAUUGCCCAGCACAGAGCUUAGUCAUGUAGUUAGGCCGCAGCGAAGAAGCAGAACCAAAUCUCGAAUGCCUCUUCCUGAGAUUUGACUACAAAGUGAGGCAAAUACCAUCCAAUCAUAUUCUUUCGAUUUGUAAUCUUUGUUGUUAAAAUGACCUAAUUGCCAGACUGAUAUAUCAAUUUCUAUGACUUUUUCAAAAGCUUUAUAGUUUUAGUGACGAAUUAAGCGUAUAAUAGAUGUUUCUUUUGGUUAAAUCCGAAAGUGUGGCUGCGGAUGUCAA